ACUUUGGUUGUAGUUUUGGAGUGGGCGGAGAUCUUACUCUCCACUUUUACCCAAUAAGCGGAAAACCUGUUAGUGAUGGAAAGUCGGCGGCAGAAGAGCAGUGAUAACCUGGAAGUCAAUUAGUGGAGACCUUUCACCGGUGAGCAGCUACACGCAGCACAAGAUUAAAGAUGGAGUGGCGCCAGCAGACCAGUGUCAGCUGUGCAGACGCGUUCAACGAGGCUCAACGCUGGAUCGAGGAGGUGACUGGAAAAUUGUUUGGUUGCAAUGAUUUCCGUGCUGCCUUGGAAAAUGGGGUCCUGCUUUGCGACCUUAUCAACCAGUUGAAACCUGGCAUCAUUAAGAGAGUAAACAGGCUUUCUACUCCCAUCGCUGGCCUGGAUAAUGUGAAUGUAUUCCUGAAAGCCUGUGGGAAACUGGGACUGAAUGAGUCACAGCUGUUUCAUCCAGGAGACCUGCAGGACCUGUCUACUCGUGUAACACUCAGGCGAGAUGAAAGCAACAGAAGACUCAAAAAUGUUCUGAUCACCAUCUACUGGUUGGGUCGCAAAGCUCACCUAGAUGCUUUCUACAGUGGUCCUCAGCUUAACUUCAAGGCCUUUGAGGGGCUGUUAGGUUUGGCCUUGUCCAAAGCUCUAGAUGAGGGCAGUAAUGUGUUUGUGAAGGACAGCGGGGACAGAGAGUGCUGGUACCCAGAGAGGGAGGAACGUCAGCGCAUGAGACUGAGCUAUAAGAGAGAGAACUCUGUGGACAGUGUCGAGUCUCUGGACUCCCGGGCCCUCCGCCAAAACAGUGAAGGUUGUGGAAGUGACGCAGAAGCUGAGCAGGUCUUCAGGAUGGAGACCUCACGGACCUCAGUCCAUCAAAACAGAGGCCAUGUACCACCACCACUCCUACGAAGAAAACAAGGACGGGAGGAGAACGGUCCACUCUCCAGAGCAUAUCAAAACCAGGUCAGGCCUGAGAGGCCAGUUCAGGUCAACCCUGGCUGGAUUUGGAGUAAAUCACUCAGUGACAUCCCGAUGGUUUACCCCAUACGUAAAUUUCCUAACGACAAUGGCGUUUAUGAUGUGGGCCAGGACACGAGUAGAGCAAGAGGGUGGAGCCAAGAAAACGCACAGAAGAGCAGUGUGACUGUCAAGGACAGUGAAGCUCAGUGGCAGGAUGACUUGACAAAGUGGAAGAAUCGUCGCAGGAGCACCAAGUCUGACCUCCGCAGGAAGUCGCAGGACAGAGAGCAUGUCAUUAACCAGAUGACCAAUGGUGCUUUGACUAACCUUGAGAAGAAUGACGCUCAAGGUGGACUGCUAAAGAGAGACCAGCAGUCGCCACGCAGGCAUGCCCCCCGUCCUUACUCCACCUCUCCUCCAUCAAAAUCAUCAAGCUCUGAUCUCCGGCCACACACUCGAGCUCUGCUGGCCCGCGGCUACGCCACGGAGACACCUUUCACCCCCACAGCUACACUGAGCCCCCAUAAAGCAGCCCACGCUCAGGGAUCGUCGGUUGGAGCCAUGCCUGCCUCUGAUGGGAAUAUCUUGGGAGAGGAGACCCACUUUGCCUCCUUGGCUUCAGAUGGAGCAGGAGUUACUACACCUUCUCUGCACUGCCCUUUCAGCUCCCAGACCCAAGUCAAAGCCCAGGGCGCCUCAGCUCCUUUCCAGUCCACACCUGAACUGGCCCAGCCAGAACAUGUUUUUACAAACCAAAUCUCCACUCUGGUCACAACCAUACAGCCAAACGAGACCACAAAGUCAACCAGCACCAGGGGUCCUACUACAUCUAUGUCGAGUCACAAGGAACUCCAGUUCUGCAUCGAUCCAAAAGUUCCAACUUUCUGCACUGAUGCAGUUCAUCUGACAGCAGCUGAUGCUCUGGAGGACCUGUCCCACCAAAACCACAAGUCCCAGGAAGAGAGCCAGAAGACAUCUCUGGAACCAGCUCUGGAUCAAGGUAGAGGCCGGCAGGCUGCAGGUGUCUACAAGUACUUGUCCAGAACUGGGUCAUGGUCCGGUUCAGCCAGCCUUCCGCGUGGUUACCGGCGGUCCGAGAGCUCAUCCCGUCUCUCUUCUGCAAUCACAGCUAGACCCUUUGGGACCAAGCAGUCGAGAGGGUUCUCACUGCCAAGACUGCACAACCUAGAUGAUAACCAGGGUCUGCUGUUGAACAGUGAGAAAGAAGUUGUUCUUUCUCCACCCACCAAAUCUUUGCCCAGAACUGCAGCCAGCCAUCUGAGGGGUCAGUACCAGGCUUCAAUCAGACAGAAGAAAACCAACCAGGCAAAGCAGAAUGGUACAGACGAGGGGGAGGAGGGGAAAGGGGCCAGUCUGUCCAGCCAGACCUCCUUCCAGACCAACGGCCACCACCAUCAGCCCCACACCCAGCUCCUGCCGCAGCCUUAUUCAAAUCUACAGUCCCACCUCCACAACAAAAGCUCCACUCUGCCAUCUACAAAGGUGGAUCACAGUGACAUGAGAGUGAGCCUAGCCCUUAAACCCAACAGUCGACCAGACUUCGGUUUCCAGACUCACUGGGACUCCACGGGGGCGAGAGUAAAAUUCAUUCAACCCGGCAGUCCAGCAGAGCUUUGCCAGCUGUGUGUGGACGAUGAGAUUGUGGCUGUUGAUGGAGUUCCGGUGGCACACAUGAACUACAGCCAGUGGAAGGAUACAAUGACAUAUGCCCUGCAAACCGGCAGCCUGACCAUGGACGUUCGACGCUAUGGCAACAAGGAUUGGAGCACCAGUGAGGGGAGUCAUCACAGCCAGCCGGGCCAGAGCAGGAUGACCAUCAAUCUGACUGCCGCGGCGCCCGUUCUGAUAGGUUGCCCCGGUCACCAUGCCAACAGCACUAGCUCUGCAGACACCACAGUCACGAAAGCAUCGAAAUUCAACAGGCAGGCAGACGAUGUUGUAAAAGGUAAAGUGGUGGAUGGAGGUCUUGCUGACAGCCACAGGACAACCACAAGUAAAGAUUAUAAUAAAAUUAUUAGGAAAAAUCAGAAAAGGAGAGCAGAAUUUUUCAAACAGAAAGGAGGCUCCGAAUCUGCGAUAUCUGAUCUCCAGGUGCCAUCCCUCAGCCCCUCCUCAUCAAGCUGGUCGUGGGACCGCGAGGAGGACCGAAGGCGUCAGGAGAAGUGGCAGGAAGAGCAGGAGCGCCUCCUACAGGAGCAAUACCAGCGGGAUCAGGAGAGGUUGGAGGCAGAGUGGAGGAGGGCACAACAUGAUGCAAUGGGAGACUCGAGCAGGAAGUCAGGGACCUUCGACAUGACCAAUGCCAGCACGCAGCUCCAUGUGAAUGCAUUGUCAAACAAAUCGAGAGAAGAGGAGCAGAGCCCUGACAGAGAUGUGCUGAAAGUAGCAGAAUUAAAACCUCAUACUAAUGCACAAGGAGUGCAGAAUGUCAAGAUUACUGAACAUGACUGGGCUGUGGAAUCUUGUGGCUUUGCUCAGCUGUCUCCUGCACACAGGGCAAAGUCCUUGUCUACCCCGGCAUUAGCCGGCCCCCACAAACAGACAAGAGGUGAUCAGAGGAAAAGAAAAGGACAGUCUUCGUCUAAGGCUGAGCUAGACAGGCAGCAGAUUUUGGAGGAGAUGAAGAAAAGGACUCAGCUCCUGACCGACAACAGCUGGAUACGUCAGCGCAGCAGCAGCUUUUACAAGGAACCGAUCUGUGCCGGGGUUCAGCUGAAGAGGUAUGAGUCUCUGGACGACCUGGAUGCUUUGCGCCAGUCCCCAGUCUCGAUCGCCACAUUCAAUUACCCUCGUCCACACUCGGCUGCCGCGGGUUAUUUUGCCCCGAGCAGGAAGUCGUCCUCCCGCUACAGCACUGGAACAAUAUUACCCCCGAGAAAUGCAUCCAUGGACUCCGCUCACCAUGGCAGUGUGUGGGCUGCCGCCGACAUCUCGCAGGAACUGAGACUGGAGUCCAGGUUCGAAUCCGAAACACGAAGCCCUACUGUGAGCUCUGCUAUUUCCAUCUCAAGUACACUGGUGCCCCUUCCAUGUGACCAGCACGCCGUACUCCAGAUUACAGAGUGAGCGGCUGAAUAACCUGUGAAAACAGUGGAAACAUCGGUCGUGCAGCCAAGCCACGACUUUUGUGUUGGUAAACUGUAAACUCUGAUGUCUAUGAAGGAAAAUCUUGACAAUCCUUGUAUCCACAAGCAAAGAUAUUAGACCAUAAUGGCUGCUUUUUAAUCAAAUACAAUAUGUAGUUUGUCCUUUUUUUUUGCUAAUUUAUUUCCAAGAAAAUUUAGAUUAAUAUAUGAAAUAAAGUAAUGGUGGGAAUUAUUAGUGUUUGAGUAGUGCAUUUAUUUUAAUGUUAGAGUUGCUAUUCUUCAUAUCCUUGUAAUAUUUGUUUGAUCUUUGCCCAAUAGUCCAUUAAAGACAUCAGAUAUUUCUUGUUAAUGUAACCCCUGUAUGGAGGCACAUCUUCAUUUGUACUGAAGCACUCUCUGUUCAAAUCUCACCAAGUGCACUUUGGGGUGUGUGUGUAUAAUGCAUGUAUUUGUCACAUGAAAAUGGGCGUUUUAACAGAAAUGUUUUUGUAAAUAAAGUGCACUGAACAUCA